AUGUACUACGGAGCCAUCUUUGACAUGUUUUCUUCGCACCACCCGGAGUACGUCUCUCUCGCAUGGGGUACCAUGAAGUUUCUGUUCAUUGCCGUUUUGAACCACGAGGAGCUUCUUACCGAGAUUUCCAAGACCAUCGCCAGGAUCGCCGAUGUACUGCCACGAACGGAGCUGCUGUCGGAUCUAUACCCGACUCCUCGGAUGCAGGAAGCCGUGUCGCUUGUUUACGCCAAAUCAUCGAGUUCCUACUCAUAUCUAUUAGAUGUGGUGCGGCUCACUGAAAGGAUUGCUGUCCAGCAGCAGCAACAGAUGCUACACAACCAGUCGCUGCUGGCCUUUCAAGGCGAGUACAAGCACAUGCUCCUCAAGGGCCAGAUCGACGAGAUUAGAAACAAGCUGCUUCCAGACAGCGAGGGGGCCGCGCCAGAUGAAACCCUGGCAUAUUGUAGGUCGUUGCGCAACCGACGCAGGCAGAGGAUGCCCACCCAGCUGCCGAGCAUGGCACUGGCUACCCUCAAAUCGUGGAUUGCCGACCCGACCUCAUCGCUGUUGCUCGCAAAUGGCAAUGGCGUGCGAACCAGCUCACUGGACUUCGCGGCCGACUUCCUCGAUGCUGUCCUCGAGUGUGGAUACCCAGUCCUAUGGGCGCUGCCCUCCAUAGCGCCGCAGGGCCAGCAUGAUAGCGGAGGCGAUGACAAGGGGUCGACCGGUGCGCCCAAGACAGAUGCGAGGCCUUCCUCAACGGGAAUUCUGCGCUCGUUGAUCUCUCAGGCUCAUGCUCUAGAUCCCCACAUUGUCGCCGAUGGUUCUCAUCCCAUUACAGCCAAGCACUUCAAGACGGCAUCUGGUAUCGAGCAAUGGUUUCAGCUGCUUGAGAGAUGUAUGGCGGCUUUCCCGCGCCUUUUUGUCGUCUUGGAUCUGGGCUUCGUUGAACUAGCAGCAGAGCACCCCGAGACCGAGCACGAGUACUUCCGGGUCGCGGACUUUGCAGAGCGUCUAAGAGAAAUUGUGAGGCGGCGCGACCGUGGCGGCCUAAAGGUUGUGGUCGUCUCAUGGCAGUUCGCCGUCGCCACGUCGAUGGACGCGACGGAACUGUUCGAGGAGUGGCAGAUAUUUACCGACAUGGGCCGUAGAGUCGAGCGGCUAAUGCGACAGCCCAAGUACCGCGCAGUUUAUAGGAGAAAAAAUGAGCAGUUUGCUCUCAGGCUCAGGGCCUCGGUUGCUCAGCCGGAGGAUUGA